CUCCCUGGACGCCUUGUACCGGCGGCUAGAUUGCGCAUGCGUGUCUGUGGCGUUAACAGCGGACCCGGCUGGCAGUUCCUUCCUCGGAAGGAGAGAUUCUUCUGCCAUGGAGUCCUACGAUGUGAUCGCCAACCAGCCUGUCGUGAUCGACAACGGAUCCGGUGUGAUUAAAGCUGGUUUUGCUGGUGAUCAGAUUCCCAAAUACUGCUUUCCAAACUAUGUGGGCAGACCCAAACACGUUCGCGUCAUGGCCGGAGCCCUUGAAGGUGACAUCUUCAUUGGCCCCAAGGCCGAGGAACACCGAGGGCUGCUCUCCAUCCGCUACCCCAUGGAGCAUGGCAUCGUCAAGGAUUGGAACGACAUGGAGCGCAUCUGGCAGUAUGUCUAUUCCAAGGACCAGCUGCAGACUUUCUCAGAGGAGCAUCCUGUGCUCCUGACAGAGGCGCCUUUAAACCCGCGGAAAAACCGCGAACGAGCGGCUGAAGUUUUCUUUGAGACCUUCAAUGUACCAGCCCUUUUCAUCUCCAUGCAAGCCGUGCUCAGCCUUUAUGCCACAGGUAGGACCACAGGCGUGGUGCUGGAUUCUGGGGAUGGUGUCACGCAUGCCGUGCCCAUUUAUGAGGGCUUUGCCAUGCCCCAUUCAAUCAUGCGCAUUGACAUUGCUGGCCGAGACGUCUCUCGCUUUCUUCGCCUCUACCUGCGAAAGGAGGGCUAUGAUUUCCACUCAUCGUCCGAGUUUGAGAUUGUCAAGGCCAUAAAAGAAAGAGCCUGCUACCUGUCCAUAAACCCACAGAAGGAUGAGACUCUAGAGACGGAGAAGGCGCAGUACUACCUGCCCGACGGCAGCACCAUUGAGAUUGGUCCUUCCCGAUUCCGGGCACCUGAGCUGCUAUUCAGGCCAGACCUGAUCGGAGAGGAGAGUGAGGGCAUCCACGAGGUGCUGGUGUUUGCCAUCCAGAAGUCGGACAUGGACCUGCGGCGCACGCUUUUCUCAAACAUUGUCCUCUCGGGAGGCUCCACCCUGUUCAAAGGUUUCGGCGACAGGCUACUGAGUGAAGUGAAGAAACUAGCUCCGAAAGAUGUGAAGAUCAGGAUAUCCGCACCUCAGGAGAGGCUGUAUUCCACAUGGAUUGGGGGCUCCAUCCUCGCCUCCCUGGACACCUUUAAGAAGAUGUGGGUCUCCAAGAAGGAAUAUGAGGAAGACGGUGCCCGAUCUAUCCACAGGAAAACCUUCUAAUGUUGGGACAUCGUCUUCACCUCUCUGAAGUUAACUCCACUUUAAAACUCGCUUUCUUGAGUCGGAGUGUUUGCGAGGAACUGCCUGUGUGUGUGAGUGCGUGUGUGGGUACGAAUGUGUGCGCAUAUGCGAGAGCCGUGUGGCCCAGGGAUCCCAGGGCCCAGAAAGGAGGAUGAACUACCCAUAAUGGCAACGGCCUGAGGCCUGGGGUUGACCACUAACUGGCCUCUGACAGGGAAGAGUGCUGGCAGAGAGCUCCACUCCUUCAUCAGCUGGGCCUUUGUCUGGCUGUGUGGGACUAUCUAUGUUUACUACCAUAGGGAGACAGAGAGGGUAAAUCCCGGGAGACCUUGCUGCUGCCCAUCCUAGGCUGGGCUAGCUCCACCCCGCCCCACCCCCAGGGUGCCCUGAGGCCCAAGGCAGUCACUGCCUCCCUUGCUUGUCCUUCUGCUCUCAAUGCCAGUUGAUCAUGGACUGAGGACUGGGGCCGAGGUUGCGUUCUGUCUGGUUUUGUGGCAGUUUGGGUUUGUGAGGCUGGGAAAGCACUCCAGGAGCUAUGACUGAGACUCUGGGGUCAGGAGAAGGCAGGGGGCCCUCAACCUCACCUGGGGACCAGGACCAUACUGGGCAGUUGAAGAGGCAGGAGUAGUGCUAUACUUCUGAUUGGUGGCAGAGUGAAUGCUCCAACCCCCAGCUCCUGUCCAGGGGGUCUCGGGAGAGUUUCAGGAGCCUCUUGGCCCCAGGCCCUGUUACUUGCUUUCCAUCCAUCCUUGGGCAAUGCCAUCUUCAAACAGUUUUAUUUAUUGAUGUGUUUGUUCAGUAUGGGACUGGAGAGGGAGCCCAUCGCCUCCUGCCCACCAGUCACCCUGUUCACACUAAUGUUUACAGCACCUCAGUUUAGCAUAGCGUCCAAGGCCCUGCCACUCCCUGCUAAUGGUGAACUGACAGUAUCCACAGGCCUCAGGCCUAUUGAGGAUCAGAGGCUAUAUUCAAAGUCACUACCACCUGCCUCUUUUUCUUCCAUUUGCUCACUGCCCUGGAAUCAACAGGCUGGUUUCCAGUUGCAUUUUUUGAAACAGGAGGAAGAAUCACUCUUGGGCAGAGGCCUCUAGCAAAGGAGGGGUAUUGGGGAUCCAGCCCCCUUAGGACUGGGAAAGAGCCAUCAUUAACCAGGUUGCCUUUUCCCACUCUAGCUGCCCCGGGGGGCUAGGUUGUAGAGGUGACAAGGGCCCCCACUGAGCUGAUUUGUGCCAUUCUUAACUUUGGACUUGUCUGGUAAAGGGGGGAGGGGACCAGACCAGAGUGCCAGGAGCUGACAGGCUCAUCUCCCCUGAUCCAGUGGGGCCAGGUGCCUACCCUGGACUGGGCUGGCCUAGCAGUGUCCAAAGGCUCUUUAGCCCAGAUGGUGCAAAGCUGGGGCUAGCGAUUCUUCACCGGCACCCUCACUUGUGACACCAAGACCUGCCCCAAUCCCAGAUUCCAGGCAGCAUUCUCCCCCAUGCCGUCCAACGACCAAAGGCCCUGCCAGGUAUGGGCCACAGCAGCAGGUGUGUGUGAAAGCGAUGUGGCGACCCACGAACUGCAGUGUGCUUAACCAGCUCACCUCCCUUCUCCUAGCCCAAGUCUGUCCCUUGCACAAACCACAUUGCCUGGUGGGGCCCAGUGUACUUAAAUAAAGUUGUUCCAAUAGACGCAUCA